ACCUCCCCCUCCUCCCUUCUGAAAGAUCACCGACAAAAAGCCAGACUCUCUCUCUGCCGUCCAUCCCUCCCCUGCCGCCGCCGCCGUCGCCGCGUUAAUUUCCGGGAGAAGGCUGCGGAGCAAACUCCACGUUGCUGUGCCGAGGGCGCGAAGAAAUUUCAACUCGCGCCGCGCGUAGCGCAGUUUUUUGUUUGUUUGUACUUAUUAGAAAAAAAAAUAAAGAGCCGCCAAGUUCAUUGCGGCUUAUUUUUGUAAAAUUAUUUUACGAGCAUUAUUUUUAUUAAAAAAAAAAGAAAACAUGUCUCACUUUAUUUUGUAGUUUUGUAGCAAAAAAAAAAGAAAUCUUACGGACAAUAUUUGCUCUCAUCGGUGUGAUUCACACAAUCAUCAUCAUCAGCAGCAGCAGCAGCUGCAUCUUCCUCCGUCAUCGCUCUGCCCCGUCCGAGCUCGCCGCUUCCCUGCCGUCGAAAUUCCCGAGCAUGGAGGAGCUCACCGCCUUCGUCUCAAAGUCAUUCGAGGGCAAAGUGAAGGACCGCAAGGACGGAAUUACUUACCGCGAAGUCCUCGAGAGCGGCUCGCUUCGCGCUCGGAGCGGCAUGGCCACGGACGAAAUUGUAGCGACCGCUGCCGCCGCCGCUGCUGCCGCUGCUGCGGCGAGGGAAGAUGCGAUGGCGGGGUCCCUGUCGGCAGGCUUGGCUCCGCGGCUGCCAAUGCUGCCCCGCCCGCCCAGCAGCAAGGAGUUAGGGCUGGACGGAGACAGCGAGAGGGAGGACAGCGACUUCGGUGUCUCCAAGGGCCGAGACGACUCGAAGGAGCGGCGGGAAGAGUCGAGAGCCGAGGAGGAGGAGGGCCAAGCGAAGCUCAAGCAGCGCCGCAGUCGCACCAACUUCACCCUGGAGCAGCUCAAUGAGCUGGAACGUCUAUUCGACGAGACGCACUACCCCGACGCGUUCAUGCGGGAGGAGCUGAGCCAGAGGCUCGGACUGUCCGAGGCUCGAGUGCAGGUCUGGUUCCAGAACAGGCGCGCCAAGUGCAGGAAACAGGAGAAUCAAAUGCAUAAAGUGUUUACCGCCUGUCGCCCAGGAGUCCUGAUCGGCACCACGAGUCACCUGGAGGCGUGCCGCGUGGCCCCCUACGUUAACAUGGGCGCUCUGAGAAUGCCCUUCCAACAGGUACAGGCGCAAUUGCAAUUGGAGGGAGUGGCUGCCCAUGCACACCACCACCUCCACUCGCACCUGGCCGCACACGCUCCCUACAUGAUGUUCCCGCCGCCUCCAUUCGGGCUGCCCUCCCUCGCCAGCAUCGCCGACUCCGCCUCGGCAGUGGCCGCCGCCGCCGCGGCCGCUAAAACGAGUACCAAGAACUCGAGCAUCGCCGACCUGCGACUCAAAGCUCGCAAGCACGCGGCCGCCCUGGGUCUCUAAGAGGCCGCCGGCACGACAGACCUCGGCCACCAACGAUUCAGCGGCCAUCCACCAAUCAGCCGUCACCAAUCAGCCGUCACCCACCAAUCAAGGGCCACCAAUCAGCCGUCGCCAAUCAAGGGCCACCGAUCAACCGCACACCGAGUUCUGCCACCGAACGCCAGGAGUAGUCGCGCUGGAGUUCGUUUGUAGCGAUGGAGAUGAGGUGGUGGUGGUGGUGGUGAUGAUGGAAGAGGUAGAAUGAGGUGGUCAGGAACAUUUCCGCUCCGGCUGAACUCGGCACAAAUGUGAUUUUGUCGCUGACCCCCACGGCCCCCCCUGCCCCCCCCAACCUCCCCGUUGACUGCGCACAAGGUUGAACGCGUAGCGAACGGCACAAAUCAAAGGACAAACGUUGGACUCCAUUCACGAUAUUCGUAGCGAUAUCCCUACGAUGCAUUGCACGCAGACAAGUCGUGCGGAACACGUGCCGCGUGUCGUUCUACUCAAGAGCGUUAUCGCGUUUCCACUUUGAGCCAGACUCUGAUCCACGGGAUGAUGAUGGUGGUGGUGGUGAUGGUGGUCUCGAACUUUCUUGCCCAAGAGUGACUGCAUGGGGAGGAGGAAGUGGAGGGGAGGGAGGUGGAGGGGAGGGUGACGAUGGGGGGGGGGGUGAUCGUGACGCGCGCGAAGCAGUUCAGACUUUAUCCAAGCCUCGACGCACUUUUAUCUGUACUAUUACUCUAAUGACUACAAUUAAUGUCACUUCGCUGUCUCAUUGUUAUCUUUCUUAGUUCAAUUAAAUUGAAGUGAGACGGAUCGUCGAUUAAUUAAGCGCUGUAUAAAUGACUUUAAGUUAUUGAAUUCGUUGUACGUGUUCGGCGUCGAUUAAUAAUUUAAAGAACACUUUUUUCUAAGCGGCAACAUCGGCAGCAGUAGGCCGUGACGCAUGUCAUCCACACAGUCUGACCAGCAGCGCCUCUCAAACUCCGUUAAUAUAUCUCGGUCUAAAUUUAUUUUUUAUUUUGUUUUAAAAAUAUAUCUAUUUAUCGUGGCUUUCACGUCAAACUGUGCUCUCUCUCUCUCUCUUUAGAAACACAGAAAGUUUACUGAGCGAGGAUUUUUUUCUGAUUUUGGCGAAAUAUUGCGGCUCUUGCGCAAUAAUGGCGCGUGCCGCAUUCCUGGGG